AGCAGGGGAGCGGCGGCCACCUCUCUCUCGAGUCUCUCGCCGUCCCCGGUGACGGCGAGUCGGCGGCAACCGCGCGGCCGCCUCCCGUCGCCUCGCCUCGCCUCGCCAGCCUCCUCCCCCCGCCCCCCCAACUUGAGCUUCCGGACUGCUGUCAGGCUGUUUAGGUACAUUGAGGGACAACUCGUACGGUAUAAGGUGAUGGAGGAGAUCCAUGGCAAACAAGAAGCAGAGACUGCAUCUGUUGUUAAAGUUGCCAGAGAGCCUGCCAUCAUUAUCAAUGGUGUUCCAGACUUGCCUCCUGACUGCACACCUGUUUCACAAUCUGAACCAAGUAAUGCUGCAGAGCCUCAAGUUGAUCAUCAUUUUGGUGAAUCGUUAGAAGGGCGAAAAGUAAGGAAACUUUUUGGAGACAAGGAUUAUGUAGGGAAGGUGGUCAAGUAUGACAGUGAAAGCAAUUGGUACAGUGUUGCCUAUGAAGAUGGAGACCAGGAAGAUCUCGAGUGGCGUGAAGUGGAGGAGGUCCUGCUGCCAUUGGACAUAACUAUGCCACUCAGAACACUCAUUUUGGAUAAAGCUGGUUACCAGAGUGCAGUUCCUGACUCCAGACCUAAGGUGGGUAGACCAAGAAAAAUCUAUGCUAUAACGGAAGCCAACACAAACAGAUCAUUGGUUCCAGUAUCCCAAGGAAACAAUUUUAUGGGAAACCAGAUGAUGACUGGAGCAGCAAAUGAACAAUCCAAUAACUUACUAGCGUUGAUUCCAGCAUCCACAUCAAAUGAUGCAUCAGCAGCGGGAGUAAAUACCCAAGCAUGUGUGAACGCUAGUAGUCAACCUAGAAAAAGGGGCAGGCCUCGAAAGAAUGCAAUUGUGCCAGCUAAGCCUGCCAAUAGUCAGCCUAAAAGAAGAGGCAGGCCUCCGAAAAACAGGAAUGUGUCUGGAAAUGUUCAGAGUGUAGAAUCCACACCGAAUUCUCUGGCGAUUGUUCCAGUGGAUGAUGCAAGCAUCACGGCUGAUGCUUCUAGGAGGCAGAAUAGUGUCCUUUUGCGCAAUGCACAGACCAUUAGGGCAGAAAAACUGGCAAAGGCAGAAAGACUGAAGAGAGAAAAUAUGAUUGUUCAAGGCACACCACCUGGAACUCAAUUUUUCUGACAAGCAUUCCCACUGUGCCAAUAUAGAUAUCUGUAAACAUUCCAGAAUCUAUGCGCGAUGGUGACACUAGCUUUCAACAUAUAUUUUGUACAAUCCAGCGUAGAGCAAAACUUGUAAAACUAUAUUUGCUAUCCCAAUGCUAUCGUAUUUCUUUCCUA